GCGAGGAGGAGGAGGGAGCCAAAGCAGGAAGGAAGGCAGGCAGAGAGGGAAGGGAGGCAGGCUGUGAAUGCUAACAAGCCCCGUCGUAAUCAUACAGUUCCGUAGGUAGGGUUUGAUUACAAACGUCUUGCAAUGGAGAGGAACGACGACAACUAUUAAACACCUACUAUGCACCAGUGCCACCUUCGUCCUGUGCGUGUGCAGCAGUCUCACCGUCGUCGGCACGUCUGAUCUGAAUAACCGUCUUUUUCCGCUGAGUGAAAUGUAUCGCGACUGCUUGGGACUCACAUUCUGACAAUGGAGAUUGAAAAUAUCGUGGCCAACACGGUUCUCCUGAAGGCGAGGGAAGGUGGAGGAGGGAAGAGGAAUGGUCGCAGCAAGAAAUGGAAAGAGAUGCUGAAACUCCCCCACAUCAGCCAGUGUGAGGAGCUACGCCGCACUAUCGAGAGGGACUACACCAGUCUAUGUGAGAAGCAGCCCAUUGGCUGGCUGUUAUUCCGGCAGUACUGUGAUACCAGGCCAGAGCUGAAGCGCUGCAUUGAGUUCAUGGACGCUGUGGCCAUGUACCAGCUCGCUCCGGACGAGAAGAGGAGGGACUGUGGACUGAAUCUUUUAGACACAUACUUUAAUAAUGGGUCUGCAGCCCAUCUGCCAGACGUUCCCCAGGAAGUGGUGGCUGGGUGUCGGGAGAGGCUGGAGCAGAGUCCAUGUAAGGAGCUCUUCAAUGACUGCACCAAAGUAGUUCGUGAUUAUCUGAGUGGAGCUCCGUUUUCCUCCUACCACGAGUCAAUGUACUUCUCUCGCUUCCUGCAGUGGAAAUGGUUGGAGAGGCAACCAGUAACCAAAAAUACCUUCAGACAUUACAGAGUACUAGGAAAAGGUGGAUUUGGCGAGGUUUGUGCCUGCCAAGUACGUGCCACCGGUAAGAUGUACGCAUGUAAAAAGCUGGAAAAGAAACGAGUGAAGAAAAGAAAAGGUGAAGCAAUGGCACUAAACGAAAAACGCAUUUUAGAAAAAGUUAACAGUAGUUUUGUAGUUAGUCUAGCAUAUGCGUAUGAGACCAAGGAUGCGCUGUGCCUGGUGUUGACCAUAAUGAAUGGCGGCGACCUAAAGUUCCACAUCUACAACAUGGGCAACUCGGGCUUCGACGAACAGAGAGCCAUCUUCUACGCUGCUGAGAUCUGCUGUGGCCUUGAGGACCUGCACCGUGAGAGGAUAGUCUACAGGCAUUUUAAAAAUUCCUGA